CAUGCGUUCCAAGUUGAUCACGACAUCCUGCGAUGAACAUCACAUCGGAGCCCAAAGAUGUUUGGCAGGCGGCUGCUUCUGGUGAUACUUCAUUGUUUCCCUGGUGCAGCUGUGGAUCCAGGAGCCAAAGUCUGGGUAGAUCUGGAAGACCUUGCACGCGGCGCAGGCAACACACAGGUCUUGACGCGUUCAUAUUGGCAAGAUCAGUUGGAUGCGCUUCAUGCGCUCCAUCCGCAUUCCGCUCCUUGGGGCUGCAGAGUUCGUGGGAGCACCGUUCGGGAGAUCUCAGCGGCCAUCGCAUGGCUCUACUUGUUCGGAUUGGCCGGAGAAUCGGGAUCGUCUGAAGCCUUGGUCGAUCGGGAUGUGGACAGGGCCGUUGAGAUUGCUCGAGAAGGAGCAUUUCAAUCGAAGUGUGGUCGAUGCUUCUCUUUGCUGGGCUUCCUUUUGGCUGUGGGAUUCCCACCAUUGCUUGGAGCAGCACACUUGACAGAAGAUAGUGCUGGGAUGCCGCGCCUGGUGUUUCUGGGUGAUGUUUUAUCAGACUUGUCCAUCUAUGCAGCACGCUUGCCUCGAGACAUUGGUGCUCCUGAUCCUGCUGCUGCGGCAUAUACCAUUGCGUCACAACAGGGAGAUGCGAUUGGUCUCCUUGCAACCAGCUAUUUGAGCCAAACAGGACUCAUCCAUCUGGACACCUACCGAGCACCCUCACCCAAUCGUGCCUCCUCCAUGAUCUCUCGCCCGCCGCAUCCGCGCCGCGGCGAUGCCGACAAGAACGGCGACCCACGGUCCGCGGUCCGCGCGCGUGACACGGACCUGGCAAGGUCCUUGGGCCAUUUGGCCUCCGAGGUGCUCCAAAACCUGCAGAACACGAGCGGUCGCUCCUGGGGUGCUUUACCUGGCCCUUUAUCCGGAAGAUCCACCGAUCGCUCCGACGUGGCCUUUGUGGAGCUUGUCUUGGCCGACGUGGCCAAUGCAAGAGCUGCGGACCUCGCACGCGCGGCAACGUUGCUGGAAGGAAAUCCUGAGAUGUCUCAGCAUCUUCCGGAGAUCGCACGUCAACAUGCCAACGUCCCGGAGCUUAUUUCAUCAGCAGCUGAAAAGGGGGAUCGAAGAUCAGCACUUCGUGCCGCAGUCGAUUUUCUCCAAAGCAACAAGACAGAGCAAGCAAAACCCCUUUUGGAAGCAGUUUCGCAGGCAGAAGACUCUGAGGAAGCCAUGCGGGCCAUGGCCCAAUAUUACCUAGUGCGAUUCGUCGACCAGAACGAGUCAAGCCAAGAAGAAGCAAGAAGACUUGCAUGGCCUCAUUUGCUCCAAGCGGCCGAUUUGGGGCGCCAAGAUGCACAAUUGUUGGUGGCUCAUGCCCACGUGAGCCCCAACGACUUUGCAGCUCUGGAAGAUGAGCUCGACCAAAACACGACGUCUGCCCGAGAGGCCCAACGGCGUUAUCGUCAACUGGUCGGAGGCCAGGGCCAGGGCCAGGGCGAACAGGGCCGGCCGAAGGGGAACCUGUCAGAGGUGCAAACUUUUGCAGCGUACAAUUUGGGCGUUUUAUCCUUGCACUCGCACGAUGGUCCAACUGGUCCGAGUGGUGGUCACGAGGAACCUCGUGACACAGGCGGGACCCGCUCCGAGGCGCACGAGAUGUUUCAGCAGGUGGCGCUCUCGCAAAGUCACAUCGUUCGGCUCGUCUUAGCGCUGGAACGUCGAGCAGCGCAGCUGGGAGAUCUGCAUGGAGCACUCUUGCUGGCGAUGCUGUUGAGUGACAUGGGGCAUGUGCUGGGCCAUAUGGAUGCAGCACACCUAUGGGACCAAUGGUCACAUCUCCGGCCUCCGCAUCUACGCACAUUGAACGAAGACGAAGUAGACAAGGAAGAAGAGGUGCAUCCCUGCGACUUGCAUGGCUGGUGGAAGACGGCGACGGCAGAUUUACUGGACCAGAACGUGACGACACUCUUUGCAGCAAGGGUGCUUGGUGGUGGCUUUGAGAUGUUCAACGUCAGCGAUGACCAGACCACCUUGGCCCACCUCUCUGGUCUCGAAGGAGAGAUGACGAUGCCUCGAGCGACAGGAGAUUUCCAACAUUUGCACUCCUUCUUGUGGCACACGACCCAUGAUGCAUUUCCGGGUGGCGCACCGGUGCCCGUAGCGCUGCAACCACCGGGUGCCGUACCACAUUUGGUGGAGUUUCAUCACCAACGCGGCAAACUGAGUGUCGAUGAAUCUUGCAGAGUUGCAUCGGUCGAUGGGAUGUAUGUGAACUGGACCUUUCAUCGCCUUGAACCGCAGCGAAUGGGGGAGAAAACACAGGAGAGUAUCUCCAUUGACACAGAGAUCGCCAUCUCAUUGGGUGGUGACGAGUCUACCUCAUACUUGGUCGAGCCAAACGCCUUUCUGCACUGUUGGGUACGACCUGAGCGAUACUACGUGGCCUUGCAGGCUGCCCUGGAUGCACCACCGCCACGUCCUUCCCAGGGGACUUGGGAGGAGGAGAUCAUGUCACUGACGACCAGUAACGACUGCCCCUGCUAUGGUGGCUUUGCAUGUCGAAGGGGUGAUGGAGCCUGCGAGCAGCUGGCGAAGCAAUCGGCCGGGAGCGGCGAGGAGCUCCUUGCGUGUCGCCCUGGGUCCACCUUUUGUCGAGAGGUUCCAGCUGACAUAGAGCCUGCGCGUUCCAAUUUCGCUGCAGCGCCGGACGUUUGUGGAUUCUACUUCUACAGGAGGGCAGCUGCAGAUGGACAUCUUGAUGCCAUGCACGUCUUGUCACACGCAUACAGCAACGGUCACCGUGGUGCACCCAAAGAUGCCGCAGAGGCCUUCGCUUGGAGCGCCGCGGCGGCGGCCCGCGGCGACCUGCGCGGGCGCUUCGACGUCGCGUACAGCCUGGAGUUCGGGCUGGGCACCGUGGCGGAUCCGGAGCGUGCUUCGCAGAUGUAUCGGGAGAUUCUGACAGAUCAGGGCUGGGAUGGCGAUUCGAUGGUGGGCAAAGCAGCCGCUUCCUUCCUGUCGCUUCUGGCGUCAUCGGGCCGCUAUGCAAGCAGACUUUUACACUCGACCUGAACAUUCCGAUCUUCUCGUCACGAAGAACGACCUGCCGAGUGCCUCAUGGCCCCUGCAAGUGCUCUUCGUUCCGCGCAUCUCCGGUCCGACCUCCGGCGCAACGCCCGCCUGGAGGAGGCGGCGGCGACAAAGUCUUGUCAGCGUGCCAAAAGGGGCACGUUCAGUUCAUGUGCAGAAGGUGUUGCAGGCAUUUGCAGAUGGUGUUCUAGGGCAGGGCAGAUUCAGGAUGCUUCAAGUAUCAGCUGGUCCAACAUUAUCCUGC